AAGGAGCUGUCUCUUUAACAAGUGAAGUUUUCUAGAUUAAAGGCGGUUCUCAAAGCAGACUUCUAGAUAAAAGUGAGGUUUGAAGAGGUGGAAUCUAUGAUUGUUCUAGAAGAUGGCAGCAGCUAUGAUGGUAAGCACACACGAAGAGGAGCAGAAGCACAAGGCCACAAGAGGAGAGGUGGUUGUGGAGCACAUCACCAAGCACCCUCUGCAAAACAGGUGGGCCCUAUGGUUCUUCAAAAAUGACAAGAGUAAGACCUGGCAGGACAACUUGCGUCUUGUCACCAAAUUUGACACUGUAGAAGACUUUUGGGCGCUGUAUAGCCAUAUCCAGUUGGCUAGCAAAUUGACUUCUGGCUGUGACUACUCUCUUUUCAAGGAUGGUAUUGAACCUAUGUGGGAAGAUAACUGGAACAAAUGUGGUGGUCGUUGGCUUAUCACAUUAGCCAAACAGCAGCGGCAUACAGAGCUUGACCGAUUCUGGUUGGAGACUUUGCUGUGUCUGAUUGGAGAAAUGUUCAGCGACUACAGCGAUGACGUCUGUGGGGCAGUCAUCAAUAUACGCACCAAAGGAGACAAGAUUGCUAUCUGGACCCGGGAGGCAGAGAAUCGGGAUGCAGUCAUUCAUAUUGGGCGUAUAUACAAGGAACGUCUGGGCUUAUCUUCAAAAGUGGUGAUUGGUUACCAGGCCCAUGCAGACACAGCCACCAAGAGUGGGUCCCUCAUGAAGAACAAGUUUGUGGUGUGAAGCAACCAGCUUGGAGCUUUACUAUUGGAAAGAUCUGCCAUUACAGGAUGG